AAGAGAAGAGAAGAGAAGAGAAGAGAAGAGAAGAGAAGAGAAGAGAAGAGAAGAGAAGAGAAGAGAAGAGAAGAGAGGGGGAUCGGGAUAGACCGGAGGAGGAAGAGAAGAGAAGAGAAGAGAGGGAGAAGAGAAGGAGAAGAAGAAGAACACAGGAGAAGAGAGGGAGAAGAGAAGAGAAGAGAAGAGAAGAGAAGAGAAGAGAAGAGAGGGGGAUCGGGAUAGACCGGAGGAGGAAGAGAAGAGAAGAGAAGAGAGGGAGAAGAGAAGGAGAAGAAGAAGAACACAGGAGAAGAGAGGGAGAAGAGAAGGAGAAGAAGAAGAAGAAGAGGAAGAAGAAGAACAGAAGAGAAGAGCAGAAGAAGAAGACAACAGCUGCUGCAGCUGUCCAUCAAACCGGAUCCGUUCCCAGGUGUGUCCAUGUGACGCCCCCUUCAGGAUGGAUGGAAUUCAAGAGAAUCGCAGCACUGGCCAUGUUGAAGAUGAGACGAAGGAUGGAGACCAGCAGAGCACAAAGUCCCAGGAACACCAAAGACCAGGUCCAGGGACUGAGGAGGAACCAGACCACCAGCAGGCUCGGACCAGAGCACAGAAACUAGAAAAUCCUUCUGGUAAUCUAUCACCAGGUAGAUCAGCUAGAACCAAACCAGAUCAACCAAAACCAGAUCCUUGUGCCACAGAGCAAAGAAAACCAGGAGGUUCUCCUGUAACAGAUGAACCAAAACCAGAUCCUCUUAAAUUACACUUGAAACAUUCUCAUACAGAAACACAGAAACCAGAAGACUCUCCACAAAAACCACAUCCAACUCCACCUGAUCAACCAAAACAAGAUCCUCAUCCCAAAGAGAAACACAACCUGGGAGAGUCUUCCUCAACAGAUGAACCAAAACCUGAUCACCCAAAAUCCAUUCCACCAAACCCAGACCCUCUUUGGCAAGAACAACCAAAAUCAGAUCCCUCUCAGGACCAAACCCAGGUCCCCCCUGAGCCCACGAAGGAUUUAACUGUCUUCAGUAAAUCAUUCGAAAAACCAAACCAGAAGCAGCACAAGUCCAGAGACCAGCAGGACCACCAUGAUCCUCCUCCUGUUACCGAUCAGACCCAACCCACCAGAGACCAGCAGGACUACCAUGAUCCUCCUCCUGUUACCGAUCAGACCCAACCCACCAGAGACCAGCAGGACCACCAUGAUCCUCCUCCUGUUAUCGAUCAGACACCACCCACCAGAGACCAGCAGGACCACCAUGAUCCUCCUCCUGUUAUCGAUCAGACCCAACCCACCAGAGGCCAGCAGGACUACCAUGAUCCUCCUCCUGUUAUCGAUCAGACCCAACCCACCAGAGGCCAGCAGGACUACCAUGAUCCUCCUCCUGUUACCGAUCAGACCCAACCCACCAGAGACCAGCAGGACCACCAUGAUCCUCCUCCUGUUAUCGAUCAGACACCACCCACCAGAGACCAGCAGGACCACCAUGAUCCUCCUCCUGUUAUCGAUCAGACCCAAACCACCAGAGGCCAGCAGGACUACCAUGAUCCUCCUCCUGUUAUCGAUCAGACCCAAACCACCAGAGGCCAGCAGGACUACCAUGAUCCUCCUCCUGUUAUCGAUCAGACCCAAACCACCAAUGCACCAACGCUGGCUCCACAUGUUACCGUUGAGGUUUUCUGCGACCAGGUGAGACCCGGUCCUCAGGAGUCUUCCUCAGCUGAGCCCAAAUUGUGCGGCUUCCUGCAGAAACAAGGGGGGCCCCUGAGGGCCUGGAAGCAGCGCUGGUUCACACAUGAAGAGAAGAAGAACCAGCUGUUCUACUACCGGACGCCACAGGAUGUGACGCCGCUGGGCCGGGUGGAGCUCCGGGAUGCUACCUUCACUUAUCCACUGAAGGCCGAGACCGGCACAUUCCACAUCCAGACACAUGGACGAACCUUCACACUCAAGGCGCUGACUCAGGAGCUGAUGCUCUAUUGGCUGCAGCAGCUGCAGGUGAAGCGUUGGCAGCACAGACAGACGUCCUCCGGUCCGGACUCCAGCAACAACAACAACAAUACAGAUGACUUCCUGCCGGUGCGGAGGAGCCCUCUGGGUCUGGUGGGGAAAGAUGCCGCCAACGCUUCGUCACAACGAACGCAAAUCGCAAAUGUGUCCAUCAAACAUCCGCUGAUCGAGCUGCAGAACUCGGUCCACAGUCUUCGUAAGAGAUCGUCUCAGGAGCUGAGUCAGAGUGUGUUUCAUGUAGAAGCUCCAGCGUCCACCCCUGCACACAUUAACACCACCGCAGGUCUGGUGUUCCCAUCAGAAAGUAGGGAAUCCUCGUCCCUGCCUGUCAGUCAUAGCAAGGAGACGAACAGUCUCAGAUUGUCCACCAUGCCGGUCCUCCGCAGAGACAGUCCGUCCUCGUCCUCAGACCGGACGUCCCACCAGAAGCAGGACAAACAGAUGCUGGUCGAGGAGGUCAAAGCUCAGAAGGAAUUAGUCUGGAUCCUCCAUAAAGCCUUGGAGGCGUCUCAGCUGGAGAAAAGAACCUGUGCAGAGUUUUUGGCAGCAGAAGGUGAGCAGAAACGUCUGGAGCUGCUUCGACACCGAGAGCGGCACGUGGCCGACCUGCAAGGUCGACUGGAGGAGUCCAAGACGGAGGCGGAGGUCACCAGGAGGAGUCUGGCUCAGAGAGAUGUGCAGCUGGCUGAGCUGCAAGAGAACAUCAGGAUACUGAUGGACAAGAACAAGGCCAAGCAGGAGGUGAUCAUUAAGCUGUCUGAUCAGGUGACCGUCUGUAUGUCCAACCCGCCGGGCUCCGCCUCCUCCUCUGGUGGCGGUCUAGCUUUCAAACAGCUUCAGCAGGAGAACGAGAACCUGAAGGACGAUAUCGAAGCGUAUAAAACCCAGAAUACAUUUCUAAAUUCGGAGAUUUAUCAGCUGACGAAACUGUGGAGGAAAAGUUCAGAACAAGAGAAGAGUCUGAUGGCGAAGUGUGCCUACCUGGAGGCCAGUAACUGUCAGCUGGAGAGCCGUUGCCUGGGUGUCCUCCAAAAGCUGCAGGAGACCAAAGCUCUGGAUCCGGUCCAACGUGGGGCCGUUGAGAAGAUGAUUGAGGACGCUCUGAAAGUCGAGCUGAAGAGCGUCGCCAAGAUCAACACCUACAGGGAACAGGAUGAGUACGGCUUUAAAAUCAUCCCCGACUACGAGCUGGACGACAUGAAGCUGCUGGCGAAGAUCCAGGCGCUCGAGAUCCGAUCACACAACCUGCUGCACCAGGAGGGGGUUGAGCGCCCCCUGCUGGGCCGCUGGGCUCAGUACCUGGCCGGCCGGUCACAUGACGACCUGUGUCCAUCUCCGGAGCUCAAAGCUCUUCUGCGUGGGGGUGUUCCUUACGAGUACCGACAGAGAUUGUGGCACUGGAUGGUCCGAGCCCGAACCAGAACCAUCAGAGACUGCCAGCCGGGACAUUACCAACAGCUGUGUGAGAAGAGUCACACAUCUUCUGAUCCGGCCUCCAGACAGAUCCAGCUGGACCUACACCGGACCUUGACGUCCAAUCAGCUCUUCUCCUCACCCUCCAGCCCCGCCUUCCAGCAGCUUCGUCGCAUCUUAUUGGCCUUCUCCUGGCAGAACCCUGCUAUUGGCUACUGCCAGGGUCUCAAUAGGUUGGCUGCUAUCGCUCUGCUUGUGCUCCAGAUUGAAGAAGACGCCUUCUGGUGUCUGGUGUCUGUUGUGGAAACCAUCAUGCCUCAAGACUACUACACCAAGAACCUGGUGUCCUCUCAGGCAGACCAGCGGGUGUUGAAGGAUUUCCUGGCAGAGAAGCUUCCUCGCCUUGCGUCUCAUUUCGAUGACCACAGCAUCGAUGUGUCUUUGAUCACCUUCAACUGGUUCCUGGUGGUUUUCGUGGAGAGUCUGCCCAGUGACAUCCUGAUGCCGCUGUGGGACGCCUUCCUGUAUGAGGGCACCAAGGUGAUCUUCAGGUACGCUCUUGCUCUCUUCAAAUACAAAGAGGACGAAAUCCUGAGGAUCCACGACAGUGUGGAGAUCUACCAGUACCUGCGCUUCUUCACCAAAACCAUCUCUGACAGCAGGAGGCUGACCAGCAUCGCCUUCAGCGACAUGAACCCGUUCCCUGGCCGCCUGCUGAGGAACCGGCGAGCACUUCACCUGGAGCGCCUGCAGGGGGAGCUGCGAGAGCUGGAGAAGCAGCAGAGGGAGUUCGUAACGGAGGUCAUCGAGCACAAAGACAAAGAACUGGACACCAUGGUGAGCGAGGAAGACGAUGAACUGUGACCUCACGACUCAUUACCUCAUUACAAGAGUUUGACAUCACAGUCGUCAAGGUAACAGAGAUGAGGUUAGCACGUGUCAUUCCAACAGAGACAGUGAACAGAGCUGUAUAAGAUCUCCGUCAUAAAGAGUCACAAUCAAUACAAAUCAACAACUGGAACAAAUACCUGUGAUUGAUUACAAACCGUUGCAAACAAUCCGCUGGUGACGAAAAGCAGCAGAGUUAAUAAAUGUCUGCACAAGUAACUAAGUAGAUUUACUCAAGUACAUGUUUGAGGUGCUUCAUGUUAGGGCUGCACGAUUUAUAUCGAAAAGGUAUCAACGUGCGCAAUAAACACUACGCAUUCACGCUCUGCAUGGCGAUACAACUGACCAAUCAGGUGGAGCCGUGCUGCCCUAGAUGCUAAAUUAAAGACAUGCUGAUCAUUGAUUGUUUUUUCUGUCACUGAAUCGUCAGGAGAAGAGAAUAAAGACAGAAAGGUUUAAAAUUUAAAAACAGAUAUUAGUCUCAUUCCGCCUCCUCCAGACCGAAUUCUACUGUGGAAACUUCCACUUAUCACGUUUGUCCCGAGUUAAAUUCAUCAAUAUGAGCGGUUGAUUACAUUAAAGAAUUUUAAGCUUAUUCAUGAACCUAGAUCCUGAAGGAAGUAACACACACACACAGACACACACACUGUGCUGCUCUCUGUGUGUGUCUCUCUCUGCUAACGUCUCUGACUCGUUACAGUUUAAAAGUUGAUUUGUUUGUUGCCACAAUAUCAACAAUGAUCAUUACAUAAUGGUCAUUACUUUUAUUCAUGAGUUAAAUCUUUAUUCAGAGCAGCACACUCACAAACACAUUCUGUCAUAUCUUCAUCGCAAUAUUAAACACCAUCGCAUAUCGCAAUAUCGGGCAUGUGAGGAAAGAUCAAACGUUACUCAUCAGGAUAAAUUAUUAUAUUCUACACAUAUAAUUUUCAUCAUUGUGAAGUCUUUCUUUUAUUUUGUAAAGCUCAAAUAUUCCGUGAUUAGUCCCAGUUAGACUUUAACAAACAUCUGCUGCAGCUCGGAACCUGAUUUAAAUACACAAACAACAAACAAGAAGUCGGAGAUUAAUUGUUUGUAACAUUUUGUAUGAAAUCAAUAACACGGUUAGCCUAAUGCUAAAUGCCUAGCUGACAGGAAGUGCUUUAGCUUGUCAAAAGCCAAGCGCGAAGCUGCUAAUUGUUGCUCGCUGAAAUGUUCAGAAAAAUUUGAGCUUUUAUUUAAUGACGUCAUGAAAAACUUUAUCUGUCUAGUUCAGGUUAAAUGUUUUUUUUACUACAAUUGGUUCACAUUUAUAUAUAUAUAUUUUAUUUUUACUGUUAUUGUUCCAUAAAUAUUCUGUCAU